AUGUCUGACUUCUUCAAGUUUUUCAAUAAGAUCUUAGGGCAACGCCAACGCGCUACCAUGGCUUAUCAACUCCGAGCUAAUGGAUCCGCGGAUCGGAUGGUCCAGACACCUACCAGAGCUCUUAAGAUGAUCGGGAUCAACGUGAUUGGGACGAAUAUGCUGAACGGCUCACGUUCGCGAUCAACACCUGCAAGAGAUAGGAUCCAGGUUGAGACCCCUUUCUACAUGAUAUAUGGCUGGGAUCCUAGAUCCACUCUGGAAGCGGUGAUCCCGGUGGGGAGCACUUGCAGGCAUGAUCGAGAUCCAAGAAGGUGGCGAUAUCAGAUGGAAAAGUAUUACCAUCAGGCUCGAGAACAAGUUAAACAACGUGUACGCGAAGUGAUCGCGGAUCGACCUAACACAUAA